AUGGGAAAAGCUGUCAAAGUCAAAUCGAAUUCAGCUGCCCGUCAGACAACUACAGCUGCAGCCACCGGCAUUAAAACCGACAUGGGCACGGGCGCCGGCGCCAAAAAGACUUCGGUCUUCACCAUGAACACAGGCAUUGGCCAGCAUAUUCUAAAGAACCCCCUUGUUGCGCAAGGUAUUGUCGAUAAGGCUGACAUCAAACCUAGUGAUACUGUUCUUGAAGUUGGUCCUGGUACGGGUAACCUGACGGUGCGUAUUUUGGAGAAGGCGCGCAAGCUCUACGCGGUGGAAAUGGAUCCUCGUAUGGCUUCAGAACUCACCAAGCGUGUACAAGGCCACCCGGAAUGGCAAAAGAAACUGGAAAUUAUGCUCGGCGACGUUAUUAAAACAGAACUGCCACAACACGACGUUUGCAUCUCUAACACACCUUACCAAAUUUCUUCUCCACUCGUCUUCAAGCUGCUCACCAUGCCACGACCCCCGCGUGUCGCAAUCCUCAUGUUCCAGCGCGAAUUUGCUCUGCGUCUUCUUGCACGGCCCGGUGACAAUCUGUACUGCCGUCUUUCUGUCAAUACGCAAAUGUGGGCUCGCGUCACACACAUUAUGAAGGUGGGCCGCAAUAAUUUCCGCCCGCCGCCCAAUGUGGAGUCGAGUGUGGUUCGUAUUGAAAUCAAAAACCCACGACCAGACAUUAGUUUUGAAGAAUGGGACGGCAUGUUGCGCAUCUGCUUUGUGCGUAAAAACAGAACUAUUUCCGCAGGAUUCAAGAGUCCAACUGUGAUUGAAAUUCUUGCCAAAAACUACAAAACAGUAAUAUCUAUGAAACAGUCGGAUGAUGACGCUAUGAUGGAAGAUACACCUGAAGAUGAAAAGGCUCUCGAGAAUCUCAUCAAGGAAAAAAUCGAAACAGUUCUUACUACAACUAAACUCGGUGAAAAGCGUGCAGGAAAAUGCACAGAAACAGACUUUUUAAAACUGUUGCAUGCCUUCCAUCAAGUUGACAUUCACUUUGCUUAA